AUGGCGGAUUCAGUAAGGCCCUCAGUGACGCCCGCCAUCAACAACCCAAGCAACUCAUCUCAGCACUCCCCUCUCAUAUCCACAAUCAACUCACGCGCUGCCUAUGCGCUCAACCAACCGGAAACUCUUAAUUGUGGCCCUCGGCUAGGACCUAGUCAAAUUGCAUGUCAAUCCAUCUCAGGUCACCAAUCAUCCACCUUCAGUAAUUCGAGGUCGCCAGCAUUGUCACACGAAAACAGCGAUGUUGAAGACCCACAAAGCCUACCAAUAGAUGAUCCAGGACAUAAGUCGGCGACCAGCACUCUGGAAGAUCUAAUGAGCACUUACCGUGAGAAAUUUGGCUCCAGCGGAGAGUAUUUCCGCAUCACAAAACUGCCACAACGGUUGAGGAGCUUUCAGUCUGGGAAGCUUCUCAACACAUUUCGGAGCGACUCCCGCUCCCAAUCCGAGACCGUACUUGCGCCAUCCGCAAGUGCUAACAUUUUCAAGCUCUGGAAAUGGGAGAUAUUGAAUUGUGUCCUUGCUGCUGGAAUGCUUGGAUCGAUAUACGGCAUCCUCCAAUACUACAACGGCCGUCGCAUACCAGACUGGGGUAACGCUAUCAACUUGAGCACCUUGAUCGCCUUGAUUGCCACCCUCCUCCGAACGAUGUUGAGCUUUGUGUUAACAGAGAUCAUCGGACAAGCAAAGUGGAAAUACUUUGCUAGCGACGGACAACUUACAGAAAACCCACCUAUGCGCCGCCUGAUCGAUACAAGUCGCUUUAGUGAUGCUAGCCAGGGCCUUCUCGAUGCUUUGAAGCUUUUGCCAACGAUUGCCCGGGAUCCAGCUACUUUAUUGGCUGUCAUAGUCACGAUUGUCUCGUUGGGUACGGGUUCUUUUGUACAACAGGCUAUCCAGACGGAAUCUUGCCAGUUCCUAGUGGAUAGUGUCAAUGCGUCCCUUCCAGUCUCUCGAAAUAUCACUGCUGGCGAACGACCUCCAUAUAGUACGUUCGGGCCCUUGGAUUUUCCCAACGUGUUCGCCGCCCUGUCAUCUGCUCUCGCCCCAGAUAACGAGGAGAUAGGUUCGCCCAUAUCUGUGGGGUGCCCUACUGGAAACUGUUCCUUUCAAAAUUCAAUUAGUGGGGUGUACAGCACGCUGGGACUAUGCAGCUCGUGUGUCGAUACUUCGUCGCUGAUUACAUCGACCGGAGAAUCGUCCAAUUCCUCCACUUCUUCCAAGACGAACUAUACCCUGCCAAACGGAAUGUCAGUUCGGGCGUCGUUCUACAAUCAAGAAAACCAGCAAACCACGGAAUUGUUGGCAUCGGCCCGGUUGGAAAUUGGACUGGGCUGGGCUGGUGAUCUUGUCAGCCCGGAAAUGAUGGCCUUGUCUCAGUGGUCCUUGGCAAACGUUACUAUUCUAACGUCCAACUGGCUUUUAACAGGCUCUGGAUAUACGGAUUACGUCGCAGCUACGUGCACACUGUACCCUUGUCUUCGUUCGUACAAUGCUUCGGUGACAUUAGGGAAACUGGACGAGUUUCUCGUUAGCACGGUUCCCGCGGUGCCAAACGUGGCCGCCGUAUUUGCGCCUAACAUUACAACUGAGGCUAUCCAGGAGGCGGUAUGGGGGCACAAUUGGAACACUGCCACUUACCCUUCAGUUUAUAAUCUCGCUUUUCAAGCCAUCAAGUCGCCUUGCCUUGUGAACGAUACAAUUUGGACUAACGCGAACCGAUCCUCCACUCUUAACAUGCAACGCCUCCUUCUCCUUCACGCUGAACCUGACCUCAACGGAACCCGUCAUUUCACAGUUGAAAACACAACAGCUCCAGCGGAAUGCAUAUAUGGUAUGAGUCUUCUGGCGUCAACAAAUUUCGCACAAAUGAGAAACGUAUUCGACGGAAGCUGCUCCACACGGUCGAGCAUUAGUAGCCCUGAGAAUACUACACGAAUCGGCUGCGGCAAGAUAUAUUGGCUUGCAAAGUUCUACAAUGAUGAUAGAACUACGACUGCCAGUAUUAUCAAACGAAUCGAGGCUUUCACAGAUCGAUUGUCGAACAAGAUACGAAUGGGCCUCUUUAAUAAUCCGGAGGCCGUGUCUGGUCAAGUGCUUCAGGAGACAGUGUGUACGAGGAUCUACUACCCCUGGUUGACUUUCCCAGCGGUACUCGUGGCCGUCACGAGUGGCCUACUCGCAUGGACCAUGCUACAGAGUUCGCGGCGCCGAGGUCGUGAAAUGGUGUGGAAGACCUCGAUCCUGCCCUUCCUGUUCUAUGGUGACCGAUUCGUCGUUCAGAAUGGUGAGGACAUGUCGGCUUACUCGAAUGAGUCGUUGCGAAGAGACGAGGGGCCCAAGGAGCCGCUUCUGGAUCUGGACCAGAUGCAAGCGGAGGCAAAACAACGAGUAGUGCGGUUUAAGGUGUUUGACUGA